AAAUCUUAGAUGAAGAGGGGAGAUGAUCCCAGGUUCUGUCCUCAGAUCUCAUCUCUCACUGUUCUAGAAUCUCAACAUCUUCAGUCACUUCUUGGCUCUAAGGCCUCUUUCUAGUCUUCUUUUUCCCCAGUUCUAGUACCAUCCAGGACUGAGGAAAAAGCCCUGGACUGGAAGGAGCGAGAACUAGGUUCACGUUUCAGUGCUGCCACCAAUUAGCCAUGAGCGAGUCCUUUUAAAUGUAUGCAUUUAUUAAUACCCCACCUUGUUCCAGAAGGGAUUUAGGGUGUCAGCAAGUUUCUUAAUAUCAGGGCUUCAGUUUCCUCAUCUGUAGAUGGUCUAGGUAGUCUAAAUUCAUUCCAGUUCUCCCAUUUUGUAACUCUGAUUCUAAUGAUUUGUUGGUUAUCUCCACUUAGAAGUUCUGCUAACACUUCAUAUUUAGAAUAUGAAAACCUGGGGAUGGAGGUGAGGGAAACCUACAACCUGUCCUCCUGACAUUGACAUGUGGCAUCACCAUCCAACCAGUGACCUGGGACCAAAACUUAGUGUCCUCUUCAACUAUUCUGGCCCUUGUCUCAGCAUCUCACUGAGCCAUGUGGAAUCCACCCUGUAAUGUCAUUCCCAUUCUUCCCCCACUUGGUCCUUUCCCAUGGCCACGUGUAGUUGAAGCCCUUGUUAGCUGUCUCUCUGUUCUGUUCUGUUGACCCUCAAUCUUGAUGCUGUUGUCCAAGUAAUAUUCUGAAGCAUAGCUCUAACAAUGCCAGUGCUCCUUGCUUAAACUUCAGUGACCCAACUGCCUGCAACAGACAGUCCAAAUUCCCUUGCUGGUCAUGUGAGACCCUUCCUGAUGUGACUGUGCAAAUUGUCUGCCUCCUCUUCUAAAGGAUCCCCAUGUACUCACCAAACUGAACUACAACAUGCCUUAAAACGUUUCUGCCUCAGCUAAUCACUUGACGUACCUUCUCCCGUUGAAAUCCUGGUCCGUUCUUAUUUUAACUCUUUGAGGAAUCUUUCAGGUUCUAUCAUUUAUUUUAACUACCUGGUAACUUGUUUUAGCUCACUCCACCCUGCAUUCAGUUUUCAGCAGCUCAAAGGCAGAAACCACAUUUCAUUUAUCUUUGUUUUCCCCCAACACAGCACACUACUAGAGAAAGUUGAACUGAAAUAAAUCAGAUUGAGACUCAGUUCAGAAAUCACUUUCUCAACUCAUGGUUAUAAAUUUUUACAGCUGAAAAUCUGAGCAAAUCACCUUCUUUUACAAGUGAGAAAACCUAGGGUCAGCGAGGUGAAGUUACUUGCCCAGUCUUUCCUAGCUGCGGCUUGCACAGUUCUUUGCACUGUUUUGGUGAUAGUACUUGCAGCCUUGGCAUAGAGAGGUCUGUUUUCAUGUCUCCUCUCCCUCCCUGGCUAUAAGCAUCUUUUUUUUUUUUUUAAGAUUUUAUUUAUUUAUUUGAGAGAGAAUGAGAUAGAGAGCAUGAGAGGGGAGAGGGUCAGAGGGAGAAGCAGACUCCCUGCUGAGCAGGGAGCCUGAUGCAGGACUCGAUCCUGGGACUCCAGGAUCAUGACCUGAGCCGAAGGCAGUCGCUUAACCAACUGAGCCACCCAGGCAUCUUAACGUUGACACACUGCUCCCAGAUCAAAUGAUGCUGUUUGGAAAAAUUUCCCAGCAGUUGUGUGGCUUAAAGAAACUCCCAUGGUCAUGUGACUGCAGAAACUUCUGGGGCUGGUUGAAUGCAGUAUUUAAUAAAGUGGAUUAUGAACGCAUCAAGGAUGUGGGACCUGAUAGGGCAGCAUCUGAGUGGCUGCUGCGCUGUGGGGCCACGGUGCGCUACCAUGGCCAGGAGAGGUGGCAGAAGGACUACAACCACCUCCCAACUGGACCUCUGGACAAAUAUAAGAUUCAGGCAAUUGAUGCCACCGACUCUUGUAUCAUGAGAAUUGGAUUUGAUCACCUGGAGGGCCUACAGCAUGUUGAAAAAAUAAGACUAUGCAAGUGUCAUUAUAUUGAGGAUGACUGUUUGGAGAGACUUGGUAAACUUGAAAAUUUACAAAAAAGCAUAUUGGAAAUGGAAAUAAUUUCAUGUGGGAAUAUCACAGACAGAGGCAUCAUUGCUUUAUAUCACUUAAGAAACCUCAAGUAUUUGUUGUUAAGUGAUCUUCCUGGAGUAAGAGAAAAAGAAAACCUUAUCCGAACCUUUAAGACAGCACUGCCUUCUCUGGAACUAAAGUUAGACUUGAAGUAAAAUAAUAAUAUUCGAUAGGUGUCUUAUUUCAAUAUACAGUAUCAUUUGAAAUUGUUGACCCUAAACAGCAAUAAAUAUUAUAUAAUCAUCAACAGACCUUAAGGAUGUCAUAUCAUGACAUUUCAGAAGCAGAGUCCAUCAUGUAGAGAAUAUUCAGACAUGACUCAGUCUAUGCACAUUAAAUCAUUUUAAGAAAAAUGGAAACCAGGUAGUUUAAUUCUAAUAUAGUCCUCAUUUUAUAUAUCUAUGUAGAUAACUCUUGAUGUAGAUAAUGACAGAGUUCUUUAAAGUGAUUUAGGGGCGCCUGGGUGGCUUAGUCAGUCAAGCAUUUGCCUUCGGCUCAGGUCAUGAUCCCAGGGUCCUGGGAUUGAGCCCCUCAUCAGGCUCCCUGCUCAGCUGGGAGCCUGCUUCUCUCUCUGCCUCUCCCCAUGCUUGUGCUCUCUCUCUCUCUGUCAAAUAAAUAAAAUCUUUGAAAAAUAUAUUUUAAAAAACUAAAAAAAUUAAGUGAUUUAAAUGUGCAACAGAUAUUCUUUAUUGUACUUUAUCAGUAAUUUAUAGGACUGUUACCUUUUACUCUAAAGUUACUGAAGCAUGCUACUAUAAAUAUACAAUGAGAAACUGAAAGCUAAAUUUCAGAUUCAUUGGUGGAGCCAAUCAUAAAAGGCGGUCAGUGGUUGUUGAGGCAUUCAUAUUGCUUCCCAGGAUUUGACUGCAUUUCUCAUGAUCCUAUGUUCCUGUGUUCUUUAUAAUAUACACCUUUCUCUGGCUAAUUUGUCUGUUUUGUAAGCUUAGUCGAGGGUUUUAUUAAAACUAGACAUAAAUACUUGGCUGAAUUCAAAUGGUUUUGCUGACUGCAAUAAAACAGAAGAAAUGAUCAUGAAGACCAGCACAAUUAUAUUUAUUUUUGCUUAAAAUAUUGCUUUAAAUAGAAAAUUUUAACAUGUCAGU